CACACAGACGCAACACACACACAGCCAGCGUAAACAUUUGUCGAAGAACCGAACACGUCAGCUAGCGGAUUCGGUUUAGGAUUGGAUUGAUUGAAAACGGCUUGUUUCAAGUGCUCCGCGAUUCCGAUCUGUAGCAGCAGCCCACCCGGCACCGUCCGCCUCGAUCCGCCAAGUAUUUCCUAGGGAAGAAACCAACGAAUCGCUGCUCAAAAUGGUACUCAUCGCCGCGGCAGUCUGCACCAAGAAUGGCAAAGUGAUACUGUCACGUCAGUUCGUCGAGAUGACGAAGGCACGCAUCGAGGGUCUGCUGGCCGCCUUUCCCAAGCUGAUGACGGCUGGAAAGCAGCACACCUACGUGGAGACCGACUCUGUGCGCUAUGUCUACCAACCGAUGGAGAAACUCUACAUGCUCCUCAUCACCACGAAGGCCAGUAACAUUCUGGAGGACUUGGAGACGCUGCGCCUAUUCUCCAAAGUGAUCCCCGAGUACAGCCACUCUCUGGACGAGAAAGAAAUCGUGGACAACGCCUUUAACUUGAUCUUUGCCUUUGAUGAGAUUGUGGCUCUUGGCUACAGGGAGAGCGUAAAUCUGGCUCAGAUCAAGACUUUUGUGGAGAUGGACUCGCACGAGGAAAAGGUCUACCAGGCUGUGCGCCAGACCCAGGAACGCGAGGCUCGUCAGAAGAUGCGCGAAAAGGCCAAGGAGCUGCAGCGUCAGCGCAUGGAGGCGAGCAAGCGCGGAGGCCCCUCCAUUGGCGGAAUGGGAGGUCGCAGUGGUGGUUUCAGCGCCGACGGCUUUGGCAGCAGCGGUGUAAGCAGCAGCUCCGGCGUCUCUAGCUCCAACAUCGGCAUGGCCUCCAUCGAAGUGGAUACCAAAUCCAAAGUGGCCGCUAGUAAGCCCGCUUCACGCAAUGCCCUCAAGCUGGGUGGCAAGUCCAAGGAUGUGGACAGCUUUGUGGAUCAGCUGAAGAGCGAGGGCGAGAAGAUCGCCAAUCUGGCUCCGGCAGCGUCGUCGGGAAGCUCGGGAGCUGCUUCAAGUGCCAGUGCUGCUGCCAAGGCAGCGAUUUCGGCGGAUAUUCACAGAGAAAGUGUCCACUUGAAGAUCGAGGACAAGCUGGUGGUGCGUCUGGGACGCGACGGAGGUGUGCAGCAGUUUGAGAACUCUGGCUUGCUGACACUGCGCAUUUCGGACGAGGCAUACGGGCGUAUUCUGCUUAAGCUAUCCCCCAACCAUACACAGGGCCUCCAGCUGCAGACGCAUCCCAACGUGGACAAGGAACUCUUCAAGACACGCACCAUGAUCGGGCUGAAGAAUCUGGCCAAGCCGUUCCCGCUCAACACGGACGUGGGUGUGCUCAAGUGGCGCUUUGUCUCGCAGGACGAGUCUGCCAUUCCACUGACCAUCAACUGCUGGCCGUCCGACAAUGGAGAAGGUGGCUGCGACGUCAACAUUGAGUACGAAUUGGAGGCACAGCAGCUGGAGCUGCAGGACGUGGCCAUUGUCAUACCCUUGCCAAUGAAUGUGCAGCCGUCGGUGGCCGAGUACGAUGGCACUUACAACUACGAUUCGCGCAAGCAUGUGCUCCAAUGGCACAUUCCCAUUAUCGAUGCAGCCAACAAGUCCGGUUCCAUGGAAUUCAGCUGCAACGCCUCCAUUCCGGGCGACUUCUUCCCCUUGCAAGUGUCAUUCGUCUCGAAAACGCCGUACGCCGGCAUCAGCGCCCAGGAUGUGGUCCAGGUGGAUAGCGAGGCGGCGGUCAAGUAUUCGAGCGAGUCGAUACUAUUCGUGGAGAAGUACGAAAUCGUGUAGGCCACCGCCGCCGGCCUCGCCCACCUAGUAGUACAUAAUUAUCAUAUUAUCUAGAAAUUCAAUAAUUUCCCCCGAGGGCACUUCAAUUUUCGAUGCGGAUGAUAUGUUUAUACUGCUGCAGCAUGUUAAAGAUUAUUUUUACGAAAGAUAUGCGUUCAUUUGUGUCGAGGAAAAGCUUCUCAGCUCACAGCGAGGAAUUCCAAACAAGAGAAAUCUUCAAAAACCAUGUAACUAAACUAAUUUUGUGCACUCCAAGCGCUGCGUAUAACGGUAUACUUAUAUAAUAAAUGAAAGGCAAUUAGUUCUAGUUGGCGAUUGUAAAUUGUUCUGUUUCCCUCUCGAUUGGAGUAUUUUUUAUGUGAAAUGCUAUGAAUAAACAAUACACAUACACAUAUAAUUACGGAAAUCAAAAA